AUGCCAGUUCUGCAAAUCGACGGCUCCCUGUCGGCCAGACGAAGGGACGAAGUACUUACCCAGUUCCAUCAACCCUAUAAUAAUGUUCUAUUGAUGACCCUCGGAACGGGAGCUGUUGGGUUAAACCUGACUGUCGCCAAUCGAGUCCACAUCAUCGAGCCGCAAUGGAACCCCACUGUGGAAAGCCAAGCAAUCGGUCGAGUCAUGCGAAUCGGCCAGCAAAAGCAAGUAUAUGUGACUCGGUAUAUCAUCAAAAAUAGCAUUGAGGAGUAUGUGCAAAACAAACAAUCGAGGAAGCUUACAAUGGCUCAAGUUGGCUGGAACACGGAGGACACGGAAGUGCAGACAGCGCUGGACUUAUGGUCUCUAUGUCGGGGGUCGUCGACGUGA